AUGACAUCCAAGCUCUCUUCGCCCAAUAAAAGAAUGAAACGCACACGACCUCUGUUAUUUGGCAUUAAAGAAAAUGAGCUGAACUCUCGUCUAAAGCUGAUUCGAAAGCUGGUGGCCAAGCCAAUGCCGAUUGACCCGGAAACCAAAAUGUUGAACGAUCCUACGCCAGCUUCGAUCAGUAGCAUUCUGAUUGGCAAUAAGUAUCAUUGUUGCAACGUAGAUUGGUUGGUGGAGAAUGGAGUCACUGCAGUCUUGAACUGUGCUUCGGGUGGAAUUUCCAACUUGCCACUUGACACUCUGGUGGAAAAGGGGAUCGAAUAUCAGUUUACCAACGUUCGACGAGACGACGUGGACUAUCCUCUUUUGCAUUCACUUUCGGACGGUGUCUGCAGCCAACAUUUGGAAAUUGCCAAAAAACUGUAUGCCAAGACGCUUGAGGCAAAUGGCAAGCUUUUACUAUUCUGUGUUGCUGGGCAAAAUCGAUCUGCAACUUUGGGACUUGCCGUGCUACUGCUGUAUGGACAUCCGUUGGAAGACAUACUUCAGAGUUGUGCAGAGCAACGCUCCUUUGUGAUGGAGAACGAAGGCUUUCAGCGACAGUUAGUGGAGCUAGAACAUUUGCUCAAGACGACAAAGAAGAUCAAGGGAGUAUAUUCUCACGCCGAUGCAAAAUACAACAGCGAAAAGCAAUCUCGAAGGAAGUCUCAACUAACGAAAGCGGAAAACAUGGUUGAAGUUGAACUACUGAUACCUGGACAUUGUAGUAUGGACGUCAUGAUACCUGAAGUAUCAACAAUUGCGGCCGUGAAGCAGUGUUUGGUGGACGAGGCCAACAAAAAUCUUUUGAAUGAUGAAGGACGAGUUGUCGCCAAGUCCUGGGUCGUCCUUGCUGGUUUCGGCCAUGACCCCAUGUACGAUUUUCCGUUGGAGACGGCUGCCAUUGAUCUCCAAGUGCAAUUGGAUCGAAUGAAGGCCAUGUUCCGGCUCGAAAUAGUAUCCACUCCGCCACCAACAGACGCAUCAAAGGACAACACACCCACGAAAGGCAACGACUUGGAGUCACCAAGAAAGACUCCAGAAGUGAUUCGAAUCCGCUGGACAUCCAAAUGCCGAUUUGCCUUGGUGAUUUUCUCUGCAUCCUAUGAAAAAGACGGCCAGACUUUUGAAGAACCAUGGACAUUUGAGCACAAGGAACGAUCGAGCUCCAAAUCAUCUCUCUUGCAGAACAAUCUGAUUAAUACCGACCUUCGGGCAUGGGAUUUUGAGACCGGACAAGCCUUUGCCUCUUGCGACCCAAUCGUCUUUUCAUUCGCCGACGACCCGAGGGAUCGACGUUCUUUCAUGAAGAUCAGUACUCAGGCCAAUGCGCCCCAGCAGUUUCGGGCCCCCGGUGAGGGUGGCAUCCUAGGAAUGGGCGCCAAUGCAGUUGUUCAUCACGUAGAACUGGACCCCACUUCGCCAUUGUUGACACCUCGAGAUUGGGAGAAAUCCGACGGACUCAGCUGGAUGGACGCAUUGCCACAGCACUGGAAUGCUGCAGUGAAGCGGCCAUUUGGCUUGUCCAAGAUGCUUGCCUCGAUGAAAUCUUCAUCCGAGGCAGGACUUGCAAAGCGUGUUCGUUUUGCUAAUAGAUUGAACAAGGACGGCCGAGUACUCCGCUUUUACGGUCUCGGGGUAGCCCUUUCGGCGAACGCAGACAAACCAAGUCAAUACAAGUUCGAAGUUGCAAUUCUAUCUCGUUACGAAGAAGAAUUUUCUACCUAUACCAUGAGAAAGUUCUUGGAGGACUAUUCGUCCAAUCGAGUCACAUGUCCAAAGGUUAUCAAAUGGCGCAAAAAGUUUUCAUUAAUUUCCGUGAAGGUCUUACUCGUCUCCUUGCUGAAUGCGUUCCGAGACUUGACGUUGGUGGGCGUGCGUGCCUUUGAUUUUAAUCAUCUGAACAAUGUGCUGGUCUCUCGAGACCACCAAACGGUCAAGCUAUUGGAUAUUGAUGGCAUGUCCAAGGGAAUCAUUGAAUUCGAUUCCGACUACAUUAAUGGUGACGACGACGACGGUGGUGGUUGUAGUGGUAGAACCAACACCACCACUAGCAAGACUACCGGUGGCAGUCCCCGCAAGUCCGUUCACAAACCAGCUUUGGACGUGGAUCUGAAUACGAUUCUUCCCAACAUUGUCUAUGAAUUGUUGCUCGGAAAAGCUCGUCCUCCAGGCUUUGUUUCCAACAAAAAGAGUGAAAUCUGGAGAGCCCCCAAGGAAAAAGCCAAGGAACUCAUCAAGGAAGUGAUUCGUGAAAACUUUUUUCAUGAUUCGUCGUCCAUGGCGUUGGAAGAACCGGAUGCUAUCGAACAAGAGGAAAAGCAUCUUGGUCGAUUAUCAGAAUGGUUUUGGACCAUGAUGAAGAAACAGGAACCUUGGGGAAAUUGGACCAAAGAUAUUUACGAUGCCAUGAGAUGCAUCGAUCACUUGCCAAUCGCAUAG